AAGUUACGCAAUGUAUAUAGUGUUUGUUAUCAUUAUAAUGAUUUAAAAGUAGACAAAUCGUUCAGAAAGCCGGCUUUAUACAGCUAAUAAACCAGAGGGGUUUCAGGAAAUAUUGCAUUUAGUUGCAUCGUUAAUCCAUGAAGGGUAUCAUAUUUUGUUUGCCCAAAAGUAGUCCGGAGAGGCGUUCCCUGAGCCGUUUUCGACGUCAUGAGCGUAAGGUUGGGGGAACUAUCUUGACCUUAUUUUCUAGCCGGUGUCGCCUUCGCUGGUGUCCACCGCCGAGUGUCGGCCGUUUAAGUCCAGUGGAGGUGCCAAGAUGGCUGCAAGCAAUUAUUUCGGCUUCACACAUGGUGCAGCCCCGCAGUACAGUAACCAACCUCCUCCAGCUUACUCCCAUCCAUCCACAGCCAGCUACAGCAUCCAACAGCCUCCAGCUGUAGCUCAUGCAGUGACGGCGUCCUACUCGCCCGCAGUGACGGCGGCCUACUCGCCCGCAGUGACGGCGGCCUACUCGCCCGCAGUGACGGCGGCCUACUCGCCCGCAGUGACGGCGUGCCACUCGCCCGCAGCGACGGCGUCCUACUCACCGGCUUCAGUGCAAGCAGCACGACCCGUGGUCUCUGCUACUUAUCCUGCUUACCAGACCCACCAGGCCCCUCCAGACUAUGGCUACCGGCAGCCAGAGCCUCCGGCCCCUCCACAGCCCACCACCACCCCACAGACCUACCAGGUGUUCUCAGAAACGCAGCCAGACAACACCUUUGGUUAUGGACGCCCAGCAACUGUGACUACCUAUGACAACAAACAGUACUUCCAGACCAGUAUAGCCUCAGCUCAAAGGGCGCCUACAGAAAACUACUACCAAACAAUAGGAGUGAAGAGUGCUUACAGUCCAGCACCUUCCACGGUGUACAGUCAGCCGCCUCCUCUUCCUCAAAGGCAGGUCACAGCCCUGAAGACUCUGUCUCCAGUCAGCCCUGUGUCCUCAAGCUACACCAUCUACCCGGUGUCCACCAGCGUCCAACAGCCUCAGACUACCAUUUCAUCCUACUCACUUGGUUCCACCUUCAGCUCAACAGCUGCCGCCACCUCCUACCCGGGCAUAAAUUAUUCCAGUUAUGAUUCGACUGGCUACACCUCCACGGCCACCCCUUCCUUUUACCAGCCUGCUCAGCAGACUCUCGCCCAGCCACAGCAGCAGCAGCCUCAUCCUCCUCCUCCUCAUCAGCCGCCCCAGCAGCAGCAACAACUCCAGCAGCCGAAGCCGUCCAUUCACCCUCCACUCAAACAACUGACCAGCUCCUCCUGGAGCAACUCUGGGAGCAACAUGGUGACAGCCCCAGCUGGAAACAUGUACAAAAAGCCGGCCUUUCACCAGAACAAGCUGCAGAAGCCCAAAGGGCCGCCAAAGCAACCGCAGCUCCACUACUGUGACAUCUGCAAGAUCAGCUGCGCAGGUCCUCAGACAUACAGGGAGCACCUUGAGGGUCAGAAACAUAAAAAGAAGGAGGCAACACUGAAGUCAGGGGGACAGACGGGGACUAACAACAUGAGCAGAGGCGUUCAGACUCAGCUGAGAUGUGAACUGUGUGACGUCGCCUGCACUGGAGUGGAUGCUUACGCUGCCCAUAUCCGUGGGUCCAAGCACCAGAAGGUGGUGAAACUCCACACCAAGCUGGGCAAACCUAUACCUUCUACUGAGCCCGUGUUGGUGAAUUCCACUCCAGUUGUCACGACCUCAACAGCCGGGAAACCUGCAGUGUCCACUGCACCGUCUCCCUCGGUGUCCACCGCCUCAGCUGCCUCUGCGGCAUCAAAGGUGGCUGUGAACACACUGUCCAAGUCAGCGCCACCAGCCAAGAAACUGACUCCUGCUCCUCCCAAGACUGCUGUCACCUCUACUAAACCCACCAGCAGCCCAGCAGUGAAGAUUGAACCUGCAGCUGUGGCUCCAAAGGUGGAGGUGCCCAGUGUCCAGUCUAUACGGAAGGUGGAGUCUCUGAGCGACGAUGAGGACGGAGACAGAGCCAGUGGCCAAGGUGACGUCCAGCCAGUGGGCAACUACGUCGAGGAGGUCUGUAACGAUGAUGGGAAAGUGAUUAGAUUUCACUGUAAACUCUGUGAAUGCAGUUUUAAUGAUCCCAACGCUAAAGACAUGCACCUGAAGGGAAGAAGGCACAGACUUCAGUACAAGAAGAAAGUCAACCCUGAACUCCCUGUAGAGAUCAAGCCCAGUAACCGGGCCAGGAAACUGCAAGAGAGCAAGCUGAAGAAGCAGAAGCACAAACUGGUGCUGAAGAGACUGAUAGACGACGAGCAGCGUUGGCACCUGGAGAUGAGACGUUACGAGCAGGACAUGUACUGGAGGAGAUUGGAGGAGGACCAAAUGUACUGGGGGGACCAGAGGCGCAGAAUGGCUCCUCCACCUCUAAUGAGCCGCCCUGGGAUGCCAGUACCCCCUCUACUGUCGUGCGUGCGUCGCCCUGACUCACUGGAUGAUCGUCACAUCAUGGCCAGACACUCCACCAUCUACCCAGUAGAAGACGAGCUGCAGGCUGUGCAGAAGAUUGUCUCCCACACUGAGAGAGCACUGAAGUUGGUGUCUGACUCCCUGCUGGAGGAGAACACAGCUGCUGCCAGUGACGCUGCUGAAGGAGAUGACAAAGGUACUGACAGUUCGUCUCGGCUGCUAAAAGGCGUAAUGAGGGUUGGAAUCCUGGCCAAAGGCCUGCUGCUACGUGGAGACAGAAUCGUGGAGCUCAUUCUUCUGACCGCUAAGAAACCAACCAUCUCUCUGUUGAAGAACAUCGUGAAGCAACUGCCCAAAGAACUGUCGACUUUUUCUGAAGAUCAGUAUGAGGUGCAGGCUCACCCCGAGGAGGCCAACAUCCUGAUAUUUUCAAGCAAGGAGCCCAAAAUGCAGGUGACCAUUUCUCUCACCUCGCCGCUGAUGAGGGAGGACCCUGCUUCUGACAAGGACAAGCAGGCGGGAGGCAAACCGGCUGAGAAAGGUGUCGCUGAGCGGGAACCCACUGAUCUUCUGAAUAAGAGGAAAUGUCUUGAAUACCUGGCGGCGCUCCGUCACGCCAAAUGGUUCCAGGCUCGUGCCAACGGGCUGCAGUCCUGCGUGAUCAUCAUCAGGGUGCUGAGAGACCUGUGUCAGCGGGUGCCCACGUGGGGGAAGAUGCCCAGCUGGGCGAUGGAGCUGCUGGUGGAGAAGGUGAUCAGCAGCGCUGUAGGUCCUCCACUCAGUCCAGGGGAGGCCAUGCGCAGAGUCUUGGAGUGCAUCUCUACAGGAAUCCUGCUCCCAGACGGACCAGGGUUGAUGGACCCGUGUGAGAAAGAUCCGACAGAUGCUUUGGAAACCAUGACCAUACAGGCCAGAGAGGACAUCACUGCCAGUGCACAGCACGCUCUGCGGCUGCUAGCCUUCCGUCAGAUCCACAAGGUUCUGGGUAUGGACUCGCUGCCGACGACCAAGGCCAGCGCUCGAAACCGCAAGCGCAGACGUGACGUCAGCGACACGGGAGAGAACGAGGGGGAGGGCAAAAAAGAUAAGAAGGAGGACGCAGCGAGCGCUUGACCUCUGCCUCCUCCAGAGGAGGAACAGAGGAGUUUACGUAACACACUGGUUACGAGUCACAUUUCACAAACACACACACACACACACACACAAACACACACGUAGGUUUAAAAGGAACAAUGUAGAGAUGAAGGGCAGGACUGAAGAGUGAGGUCGCUCCACAGAACUCCUGCAGACGUAGUGACGUCUAAUGUGUAUUAUUAUAACCAAGUGACUUCAUUCCACCGUAGUGUUGCACAGCGAUGACUGACCGUAGCUUUACCCUUCAUUCACAUCAGUUCUCUCACAGACGUCACAUCUACUAUGGUAUUGUUGUUUUGUUAAACACAUUUAAAGCCCUUGUCCUUUAGCACCUUAAACCAAAGUCUUCUUCUCUUCAGGUCAGUUCAGUUUGAAGAACACACUCCACACACAGUAGGAGGUAGGUUUCUUUGUUUGGGUUUUUUUUUUUCUUAAAGAGAAUUAACACAUUUGAGUUGUUGAAGCUGUGACAAAUAUAUAUAUAAGAAGACUGACGUGGUUUGAGCACAGACAAGAGUUUUGUUUCAAAUCAAAUAUUUCUCACUACUGUGGUGUUCAACGUGCCUAAAGUGACACAGAAGAAAGUAGAAGGUACGACGUGACUCCUCUCCCCCUGAACUCUCCGCUCUUCUUUGACAUUUUACUUUAGAAAUGUUUGUUUUUUUUAAACUAACAGGAGUUAAUCAAAUGCAAGAGCAAGAGUGACCUGAAAUCUCUCUAAACUUCCUCCUUUCUAUCUGUGUCAUUAGCAUUUUGUUUGAAUUUAAGGAAACAACAGCACAGACGUUGUUUUUGUGCACCGUUGUCCGACCAGUGUCUCAGACUGGAGGGCAGAUCCUGCUGGGGUAAUAAUGAAGCACUUAAACUAAGUGGUAAAUAUAUGUGUGUGUGCAGCCACAGUUCAGGGGUGACCCUCAGCGACCUCUCUUCUUCUAGGGUGCGGAGAGCCGAGCCGAGUCAGACAGAAAGAGAAAAGACAGGCUGUUGGUUGCUUCCUCGUUCCUGAACUGUGUGUAUUACAGAAGAUUUGAAAAACGGGGAACUGGCCUGUGUUGGACAAGUGUAGUAGUUAUUUAAUUUUACAAAGACGCAGAACAGGGUUUCAAAAACUCCGGCAUUAAAGUAGACUUGACAUCAUUUGACAUUUUAAUUUUCCUAUUAACACCCUACACUGUAAGUUGUUUUGUUUUUUCCUAUUUAAUUUUUUUUGUCCUGAAGGUUUAUCUAUUUUAUAUUGUUUAAAAGGAAAGUGUGGCUGUCCUUAUUUGAAUGUUUGCCUAAAAGUAAUGGGGAGACAAUUAAACACUUGAACGCUC